AUGUCGUGUGCGUUCGCGUUGUGCGCGUGGGCGUUCCGCUGGGCGAGUCCGCGCUCCGGCCUCGGCGUGUCGGCCUGGGCACCACCGCGUCCGUACGACGUUGUCGUGCGUCCGGAGACGCCAUCGCGUCGGACCUUCCUCUUCACUCCCGUCGUUCUUCUGCUAGCGUCUACCGGAGGGACGACUGGCGCUGCUGCGGUGCCGCUUCCGCCUUCCGUAGCGGAACGUACGGCACUGUUGGAACAGGCGCGGACGCAACUCGUCAAAGUGCCGGCGCUGUUGCGGGAAGAAAAGUGGGACGCUGUCCGGGCGGUGCUGUUGCAACCUCCCGUGGCUGAUCUGUGGGCCAAAGCGAGUGGCGUCAAGAACAUACUCCCCGCCUACGCCGCGGCUGUCGGGGACGCCGGGGGCGACGAACUCGCCGUCCUCGAAGCCAAGGAAGACAUUGUCUCGCAUCUGCGUUACCUUGAUAUGGCCGUCUACAAUAACGUCUUUAAUCCUAUUGCCGUGGAAGGGACUGUCGGUGCUACCAAGGCACUCUUGAGAUCCUAUUACGAAGAUCCAAUCAACGAAUACAACGCCUGUUUGCGCGCACUGGACGAACUCAUUGCCCUCGGCAAAGGACUGUGA